AUGGCGCUGAUGGAGCCGAACGCUACCGAGGAACGGAUCCACGUCGUAUUCCCCGAACACGUGCUUUCCGCCGAUCCAGAAUAUAUCGAGGCAAUCAGCUCACAUCAUGGUCGACCGGAUCAGGGGUGCGAGAACGUCAUCAUGCUCAUCACCGACGGAGCCCCUAAUGUCUAUAAAGAGAUCUUCGAUCUUUAUAACAAAGACAAAAAGCACUACAUCCGUACAAUGUCGCGGCCAAUCGGUCAGAAUGCUGCCGACAUUCAGGUGGACGAUGCCCUUUGGAGUGGCGUAUAUCGCGAAAGAUUGUACGCGAUUAUGAACAAGAUGGCAGCUCGUCGAAAAAUCCGUCUUCAAAAAACUGAAGCCCGAGGACGGAUGUUCGUCACCACUGUCUCGUUCCCGGUGAUUGUCAACGGAACAUUCAUGGGAGUGGCCGCCGUUAACACUCCGCUCACUGAGCUCAAUCAGCAAGCUCAUCCCAGCAAUAUUGGCGGACGAAGCUACUUUUUCAUGCUCGAUCAGAACGGCUUCAUCAUGUUCCAUCCACAAUUGCGACCAAUUGUGCGGUCAAUGGUCAUGCAGUGCGACAACAGUGAUCCUCAACUGCUAGACGUGCUCUACGCGACGGAGAUGCUGGAUCGGGUCUACCCGCAGAAAUUCUGUCGACCUUUACUUGUCGAAUGCUGA